GAAGAUUCUCUCCAUCGCUUUGAGUGACUGUGGGGUUGAUCCCAAAGUCUCAUCAUGUCAGGGAAACGGAAGCGUGUAGUGUUGACUAUUAAAGACAAGCUUGAUAUAAUAAAGAAACUUGAAGACGGAGGUUCCUCCAAACAGUUGGCAGUUAUUUAUGGGAUUGGUGAAACAACAGUUCGAGACAUAAGAAAAAAUAAGGAAAAGAUCAUAACGUAUGCAAGCAGUUCUGAUUCUACAAGUCUUCUGGCCAAGAGAAAAUCUAUGAAACCAUCCAUGUAUGAAGAACUGGACCGAGCAAUGCUGGAAUGGUUCAACCAGCAGAGGGCAAGAGGAAAUCCCAUAUCUGGACCGAUUUGUGCAAAAAGGGCUGAGUUCUUCUUUUAUGCUCUGGGGAUGGAUGGUGAUUUCAACCCUUCUGCGGGUUGGCUGACUCGUUUUAAACAGCGGCACAGCAUUAGGGAGAUUAACAUUCGAAAUGAGAGGCUAAAUGGAGAUGAGACUGCUGUAGAAGAGUUUUGCAACAAUUUUCGAGACUUUAUUGAACAGGAAAAUCUGCAGCCUGAACAGAUCUAUAAUGCAGAUGAGACUGGACUGUUUUGGAAGUGCUUACCUUCCAGAACUUCAGUGAUUAAAGGCACCACGUCUGGGCACAAGUCUGUAGAAGAAAGAGUCACGGUCAUGUGUUGUGCCAAUGCAACAGGCUUACAUAAACUCAAGCUUUGUGUUGUAGGGAAGGCAAAGAAACCUCGUUCCUUCAAGUCAACUGACACCUCAAACCUUCCUGUCUCUUACUUCAGCCAGAAAGGUGCAUGGAUGAACCUUUCCAUUUUCAGACAGUGGUUUGAUAAGAUCUUUGUGCCACAGGUUCGAGAGUACUUAAGGUCUAAAGGCCUGCAGGAAAAGGCUGUGCUCUUGUUGGAUAAUUCACCAACACAUCCCAAUGAAAAUGUCCUGAGGUCAGAUGAUGGCCAAAUAUUUGCCAAAUAUUUACCACCCAAUGUUGCCUCAUUGAUUCAGCCCUCUGAUCAGGGGGUCAUGGCAACAAUGAAGAGAAACUAUCGUGCAGGACUUCUCCAGAACAACUUGGAAGAAGGUAAUGACUUGAGAUCAUUUUGGAAGAAACUCACUCUGCUUGACGCCCUGUAUGUGGUAGCAAUGGCUUGGAACUUAGUAAAGCCAGUCACCAUUAGCAGAGCAUGGAAAAAGAUUCUUCCUAGUAUAGAGGAGAGAGAAACCUUGGACUUUGAUGAAGAAGAUAUUUCAGUAGCUACAGUGACAACCAUAUUACAGCAUACCAAAGGACUGGAGAAUGUGUCUCCUGAGAACAUUGAAAAAUGGCUAGAAGUGGACAGUACCGAACCAGGAUAUGAAGUGUUAACUGACAGUGAAAUCAUCAGAAGAGCACAAGGCCAGACAGAUGAAUCCAGUGAGAAUGAGGAGGAGGAAAUAGAACUGAUUCCAGAGAAACAUAUUAACCAUGCAGCUGCUCUCCAGUGGACUGAAAAUUUGCUCGAUUAUCUAGAACAACAAGGUGAUAUGAUUCUGCCUGAUAGACUGGUGAUACGUAAACUUCGAGCCACUAUCAGAAACAAACAGAAAAUUACGAACUUGAAUCAAUAAUG